CCUGCGAGGCGCUGGGACUAGGGCUGGCGGAGUGAAUUCCUGGGCUAGCGCGCAUGCGUCGGCAGGUAGCAACCCAGCUCUUUAUGACCAGGUGAGAUGUUGGUGAGCAGGUAAAAAAAGGAGGAUUUGCCUAAGCGAUUCCAGGGAGCGGGCCCAGCCGAGCCCUACAGCCCAUGCCCGGCGGGGACCCGUCGCCAGGAGCGCCGAGCCGCGAUGUCCAUACUUGCCAAAAUGGGGGACUGGCAGGACCGUCACGACGGCACCAGCAACGGGACGGCACGGUUGCCCCAGCUGGGCACUGUAGGUCAAUCUCCCUACACGAGCGCCCCGCCGCUGUCCCACACCCCCAAUGCCGACUUCCAGCCCCCCUACUUUCCCCCGCCCUACCAGCCUAUCUACCCCCAGUCGCAAGAUCCUUACUCCCACGUCAACGACCCCUACAGCCUGAACCCCCUGCACGCCCAGCCGCAGCCGCAGCACCCGGGCUGGCCCGGCCAGAGGCAGAGCCAGGAGUCUGGGCUCCUGCACACGCACCGGGGGCUACCCCACCAGCUGUCGGGCCUGGAUCCUCGCAGGGACUACCGGCGGCACGAGGACCUCCUGCACGGCCCCCACGGGCUUGGCUCAGGACUCGGAGACCUCCCGAUCCACUCCUUACCUCACGCCAUCGAGGACGUCCCGCAUGUAGAAGACCCGGGUAUUAACAUCCCAGAUCAAACUGUAAUUAAGAAAGGCCCCGUGUCCCUGUCCAAGUCCAACAGCAACGCCGUCUCCGCCAUCCCCAUCAACAAGGACAACCUCUUCGGCGGCGUCGUGAACCCCAACGAAGUCUUCUGUUCAGUUCCGGGUCGUCUCUCGCUCCUCAGCUCCACCUCGAAGUACAAGGUCACGGUGGCGGAAGUACAGCGGCGCCUCUCACCGCCCGAGUGUCUCAACGCUUCACUGCUGGGCGGAGUGCUGCGGAGGGCGAAGUCUAAAAAUGGAGGAAGAUCUUUAAGAGAAAAACUGGACAAAAUAGGAUUAAAUCUGCCAGCAGGGAGACGUAAAGCUGCCAACGUCACCCUGCUCACAUCACUAGUGGAGGGAGAAGCCGUCCACCUCGCCAGGGACUUUGGGUACGUGUGCGAAACCGAAUUUCCUGCCAAAGCAGUAGCUGAGUUUCUCAACCGACAACAUUCCGAUCCCAAUGAGCAAGUGACAAGAAAAAACAUGCUCCUGGCUACAAAACAGAUAUGCAAAGAGUUCACCGACCUGCUGGCUCAGGACCGAUCUCCCCUGGGGAACUCGCGGCCCAACCCCAUCCUGGAGCCCGGCAUCCAGAGCUGCUUGACCCACUUCAACCUCAUCUCCCACGGCUUCGGCAGCCCGGCGGUGUGCGCCGCGGUCACGGCCCUGCAGAACUAUCUCACCGAGGCCCUGAAGGCCAUGGACAAAAUGUACCUCAGCAACAACCCCAACAGCCACACGGACAACAGCGCCAAAAGCAGUGACAAAGAGGAGAAGCACAGAAAGUGAAGCUCUCCUCCAGCCCUGCCCCCGGACCCGCGCCUCGCCGUCCCCCCCCCCCGCCGCCGCCCCCCCCAUCUCCAUCGCCAUCUCCCCCACCGGUGCCCCCCCCCCCAUCGACCGCCGCCGGCAGGUGAGCUCCGGGAUCAGCAACCCCCCCACUGCUGCUACUGCUGCUGCUGCUGCCGCCGCCGCUGCCGCCACGCCUUCGGUUCGGAGGCUCGGGGUCCUGGGGACAGCGCUCCCCGGCGAGAGGGGCGACCCUGCCGCCCAGGCCCCUGCCUCGACUUCCCCGAUCCGCACCACCUCGCCUCUGCCCUUGCGUGGAGCCUCAGAGCACAGAACAGGCCGUGAAGCGGGCAGAGAAAAGUUCUGUCCGAGUGUGUGAACCCUUUUUUUUUUUUUUUUUUUUUUAACACCGCAAAUCAACAGCAAUGACAACCACAAAAUUCAAACUUUUUUUUUUUUUUUUUUAGAAAAAAGAACGUAAAAAUUAAAAAAAAAAAUGAUAUGCGCUUCAUGGGAUGGAAUCACCACCUUCCUUUACAUACCGUUCAGAUUGUAGCCAUACUUAAAAAAAAAAAAAAAAAAAAAAGAAACAGAGAAAAGAAAAAGAAAGCAAAGGCAAAAAGGAUCAUGACAUUUUUAUCAGUAUUGUGAAUAAACUUGAACGCAGAUACAGGAAGUUCCAUGUCUUGUCUUCAGUUACAGAAGUUUUCCCUCUUCAAGGUAAAGCGACCAACUUGAACUUUCUCUGGCAACACGAUUCACAGUUAUAUAAGGGAAUCAGUGUUCACGUCUCUGUAUAUAUUUAUUUAUGUGUAAUUUAAUGGGAAUUGUAAAUAUGGUGAGUCUGUUUUAAACCUUUUUUUUUUUUUUUUUAAUUUAUCUGGUAAUCUCGUUUACCUCUUGUUUAGUGGGUUUUGACUCUCUCCCCUGGUACUUACUUAGGAAUCCAAGGUUUGGGGGAUUUUUUUUUUUUUUUUCUUCUUCUUUCCCCUCUGGGAUUCAUGAAUUUAGCCCUGUUGUAGCAUGUUCAAGAUGACAAUGAAACAGCUGAACACAAUUUAAAAAGGAAAAUAAAAAAUUUAUAUAUAAUUAGUAAUACAUUUAGCUUUUCAUUGAACUGAACGAAAAAGUCCUAUGGAACCCUGGAGAGAUUUUUAACCUGAGUGGUUGGAUAACUGUUCUCUGUAUUGUGGGGAGAAAAAAAAAAAAACAAAGUUUAUUUUAUUCCACUGUCCUCCCUUAAAGGCAGCAUUUGAGCAAUAAAUGAGCAUUGUCUUUAAACCAAGGGUUAGGGAUUUCUUCUUCUUCUUCUUCUCCUUCUUCUCCUCCUCUCUCUCUCUUUUUGUUCAAAGAACUUCAAACAUGUGGGACCACCUGGUCUUCUGUAUUUUCACUGGUCAUUUUGGAAAAGCAGUUCUAGCUGUAUUGUAUUGAGUUGUACUGGCAGUAGUUUUCAUGCCUGUCAAUGUAUCAUAGUCCUUUGUUGCCCAGAUAAAUAAAUAUUUGAUACGCUUUA